AUGACACGAUUUGUACCUAGAUCAAAACUCCCGAUGAUGAAGAGCAUUCUCAGUUUGGCUGUUGUACUGGUUGUGGCAGUGGUCGUUAAAGGCGCCAUAAAAGGUUGCAUUGAUGUGAACGGUAGUGAGUACGCGGAUGGUGCAGAUUUUCUGGCGACUGACGGCUGUAACCGAUGUACCUGUUCCGCAGGUGUUAUUGCCUGCACUCAGAUGGCAUUUUGUGAACAUCUCGGCGUAAAGUACGGUGUCGGAGAAAGUUACAUGGACGAAUGUAACACGUGCACCUGUUAUGAGAAUGGCGUGAUUGGCUGCACGUUAAUGGCCUGUCCUAAACAUGGACGUAUAUCAGAAUUCACGAUGAUCAGGAGCAUUUUGUUUUUGGCUGUUGUACUGGUUGUUGCAGAGGUCGUCAAGGGCGACGCAAAAGGUUGCAUUGAUGAGGACGGGAAUGAGUACGCAGAUGGUGCCAGUUUUAUGGCGAGUGACGGCUGUAACGGAUGUACCUGUAACGAAGGAGCUAUUGGCUGCACCCAGAUGGCCUGUUUGAAUGUAUGUGAACAUCUCGGCAAAGAGUACAGUGUAGGGGAAAGUGUCAUGGACGAUUGUAACACUUGCACUUGCCAGGGGAAUGGAAUGAUGGCAUGUACGCUAAUGGCUUGUCCUGGCCAUGGCCUGGUUUCCUAACUGUCAUAAACAUGACGAUGGUCAUAUGUUUCAUACCUUUCCUUUGGUUGUUAGUCAAACUUUAU